UCCGUGCUAGUGAUUUUUUGACGUGUGUGUAUUUUCUUGGGUAACAGUCCGUUCGCGGAAAAUGGGUGCUUCAAAUUCCACAACCCGUUCCUAUUCGGUGGAGCCGGACAAUCCCAAAACGGACGCCUCAAUGGAUGUUGUGGGAGUCACGGAGGACGUAAUGAAUAGACUGAUGGGAUAUGAACGGGAGAUCCAAAGAGCACCUCCACAGAUUCCUGCGCCUGUUGCUCCACCACGAGCCCCCCCUGUAGCUGCACCACCAUCUGUGCCCCAUCCUAGUCAUGAUCGUGCCCUCGAGGAGCAACUACGAAAACUCCACGAUACCAUUGAACGCUCCGAAGAGGAUUUCCUGCGCACCUUCAAGAGUCUCCGGCAUCAGGUGGAUUCUGAUACCGGCAUACCCCGACGAAAGGAUGACUGUGCCCAUUUGGCGGACACGGUGGUCAAUUGCUAUCGUGACAACAGCAACAACCCCCUGCAGUGCCGAAGUCACGUGGCUGCGUUCCGUCAGUGUGUACUCACGUCCUUCACGAAGGCGCAUCAACCGAAGUAAAAAAAAAUUAACCCGCGAGGCUUGUAAAUAUAGAUUGUUUUGUUGAUAAAUCAAUAGAUGAAAAAUCUUUAAAUUAGAAUUAAAUGAGAAUUCGAGGGCUAAAUUGUAAAAA